UUGCUCCACAGCAUUUUGUCAAAGUUCUGCAACCAUCAGCACCAGUCUGGGAUAUAUGUAUUUUACGCGGAAAAUGAUGAUAUGGUCACAACGAAAAAAUUCACUCUGUACGUGAGAAGAAAGCCUGAAGUAACGAUGCAGUUGUUGUUCAAGCAGGUCUCCUGCGUCGCUGACAGUUACCCUGCCUCAUCCUGGGUUUGGAGGAACUGUCCCGAACUGAACUCAUCCAACUGUACAGAAGAAAUCACUGAGGGUAUUCACAACUUCUUGCCAGAAAGGAGAUCCCUGGGGUCAUGGAUUUCAAGCACUACUUUAGAUGUAAAGGAGACAGCAACAACCUUCUCCGUUGAGUGCUGUGCAAACAAUUCUGUUGGUUCAGCCUGUGAAAAGAGUUUCAUUAACCUGUCAGUUGCAGGAGCUGUUUCUUCCGCCCCAGACAAUGCUGCAUUCUAUGUCUCUGUUGGAUUUUUCCUCCUAUUGAUCGCUUUUUUGUUUGUAUUCAUUUUUCAUAAAUACAAAAAGCAAUUUAGAUAUGAAAGCCAGUUGCAAAUGAUUCAGAUGAUAGGCCCAUCGGAUAAUGAGUACAUCUACAUCGACUUCAGAGAAUGUGAAUAUGAUCUCAAAUGGGAAUUUCCCAGGGAAAAUCUGGAAUUUGGACAAGUCCUUGGUUCUGGGGCUUUUGGGAAAGUGGUGAAUGCAACAGCUUAUGGAAUUAGCAAUGCAGGAGAUUCAGUCCAGGUUGCAGUCAAAAUGCUAAAAGAAAAACCUGAUGCUUCAGAAAAAGACGCUCUAAUGUCUGAGCUGAAAAUGAUGACUCACAUUGGAAGCCAUGAAAAUAUUGUGAACCUACUAGGAGCUUGUACUGUGUCAGGACCAAUCUACUUGAUAUUUGAAUACUGUUGCUAUGGUGACCUUCUGAACUACUUAAGGAGCAAAAGAGACAAGUUUCACUGGACACUGACGGAUAUUUUUAAACAGCACUACUUCAGCUUUUACCACAAUAUCCAUUUGGACCAAAAUUCUAGGAAGGGAACUCACCUGAAGUACAGUGUGAAUAUGACUCUAUGCAGAGAGGAUGAAUUUGAAAUCACACAAAGAAGUCAAAACAUAAAUGUGACAUCUGGAUCAAAUGGGAUUGUGCUGUAUUCAGAGGAAGAUAAAAUUAAGCAUGCAAGCAGACAGAUGGAUGAAGAAGAGGAUUUUAAUGUGCUCACUUUUGAAGACCUUCUUUGCUUCUCUUAUCAAGUGGCCAAAGGAAUGGAGUUUCUUGAGUCCAAAUCGUGCAUUCACAGAGACCUCGCUGCCCGGAAUAUACUAGUGACCCAUGGAAAAGUGGUGAAAAUAUGUGACUUUGGCCUUGCCAGAGACGUAGUGAACGAUUCCAACUACAUCGUCAGGGGCAAUGCUCGUUUACCAGUUAAAUGGAUGGCUCCUGAAAGCUUAUUCGAGAGGACGUACACAAUGAAGAGUGAUGUCUGGUCUUACGGAAUAUUACUAUGGGAAAUAUUCUCUUUGGGUGUAAAUCCCUACCCUGGUAUUCAGGUUGAUACAAACUUCUACAAAUUAAUACAAAGUGGAUUUAAAAUGGACCGACCAUAUUAUGCUACAAAAGAUGUCUAUGGCUUGAUGCAGUCCUGUUGGUCCCUUGACUCCAGAAAAAGACCCUCUUUUUCUUGGCUGGUUUCCUCUCUUACCUGUCAGCUGACUGAGGCAGAAGGAGCAGUUUACCAGAAUAUGAAGAAAAAUGUUUCUAGGCACAAUUCCAGCAUCAAAACUAAACCACGUGUAAGCAGGGAUGAGGAAUCUCUGCUAUCCCUGACUGCGCUCCAGCAUGAAGACUCUCAGGUUGAAAAAUAA